AUGUCCGAGAACAUCCCGGAGUCUGUUCCAACCUCCCAAGACCCGCGCUCAAAGCGCCCUCUUAAAAGGCGUGCCCUGAGUCCUCUCUCGAAGCAGGCCUCUGAAGUGGAAGCCUUGUUCGCAAAUCCCGAGCGCGAAGUCAAUAUACCCUCAACUGUAAGCCACGAUCAUAGGUCCAAGCUUCCUGCUCCGCCCGAAAUCGUCGCGAAUGUACAAGGUUCAAGUGCUGGUGCUGGUUCGGGCGAAUUUCACGUCUACAAAGCCAGUCGUCGGAGGGAGUAUGAGAGGCUGAAACAAAUGGAUGAGGAGACAGCGAAAGAGCAAGCUGAUGCUGAUUUUGAGAGUAAGAGGGAGGAGCAGCAUAAGAAGGAUGACCAACGGACCGAGAAAAACCGGAAGAAAAGAGAAAAGCAAAGGCAGCGAAAAGGAGGCAAGGACAAGAGGCAGGAGAAGAAUGAUGAGGCAGCAAGUAGAGAUCGAAAUGCUUUGGCUGAUACAGCAGAAGAGGCUGGUGGCGCGCAAAGACCAGCAUCCGUCAUGCCUAAUGGCUACGCAACAUCCACUGCUGAUGAGACAGGCGUUACAAUACAUGACGACGAUUGA